UACCUGACUAUAAAUACUGUAGAUAUUAUAAAUACUGUAAAUACUGUAAUACAGCUCUGUAUCCAGUUCAGUUAUUUAUUAAAUACAGAACUCACCACGUGUCUCUGAGCUCUUCUUUUAGUUCUGUUUUGCUGUUAUUUUAACACGAAACUCCAUUCAAAAUAUGUCAACUUUAUGAUUCACCUGUUUUCGAUCAGUUAUAGAGGUGUUUGUGAUCCAGCAGGAGGCUCAGACUGAAACCAGCAGACUGUCAAAAUGUUUUACUGUUCAACAUCAACAUAUUCCGACUGUAACUCAGUGUGUCAUAGAGGAAGAUUCUGUCAGCUAUAAUGUGAUAAAUGUUGUAUUUCUGUUGGAAGGAGAGCAGCUUCUUUCAUUAAAUGUCCGCCGAAAUCAUCAGUAAAACCUGGAGAUUCAGGUAAUUAUCCAACAGUAUGUUGUUAGUACAGACUAUUACAGAAAACAAGACAAGAAUCUUAAAUGACAGAUUUCUAAUGGGGCUUCCGUACCGGUGUUUCUUAACAUGUACACGUUCUCAUGCGGCUUACAGCUUCCCCCUGCUCCCAGUCUUUGUGCUAAGCUAGGCUAACAGUUUUCCCCCUGCUCCCAGUCUUUGUGCUAAGCUAGGCUAACAGUUUCCCUUUGCUCCCAGUCUUUGUGCUAAGCUUGGCUAACAGUGAGAUGUUGAGACCUCUGAGGAAUGUCUUCUGUCUGUCAACCCGCUGCUGCUCAGGCUUCGUCUCCAGAACGAGGUUUGUGAGCCGGCUGAAGGAGGAUGAUGAAGCAUGUGCUGCAGCGCUGCAGAACGGUCAGAUGUUCCUGUUCCACCGUCUGUCUCCUCUGUUACAACGAACCGAGCAGGGAACCUUCAGACCGCCACCAGUGCACGCCUCAGACAUGCAGUCGAUCUUGGAGAAACUCUGUUCAGACAGAUCCCUGCUUAAGGAGUCAGUUCUGAUUAGCUGUUCUGAACAGAACCAGGCCCAGUUCUGUCUGGACGUCGGAGAACUGGAUCAGGCGGCAGUGGAAGAACUCUGUGGAGGAACCUUUAUCGAUCUGAGGAAGGCGUUCUUUCUUCUACAAGGAGCAGAGGCUCCUCUAGUGGCCAAGGGUCAGGCUCUGCUGCGCUGGCAUCAAACCAGCAGAUUCUGCAGCGCCACGGGUCAGCCGACCCACAGCAACCAGGCAGGAAGUCAGAGAGUCUGCAGCAGCUCUGGCAUCAUCUACUAUCCCAAGAUGUCUCCAGUGGUGAUUGUCCUGGUGUCUGAUGGGAAACGGUGUUUGUUGGGCCGACAGGCGUCGUUCCCUCGGGGGCUGUACAGUGCUCUGGCCGGCUUCUGUGACAUGGGUGAGAGUGUGGAGGAGGCCCUGAGAAGGGAGGUGGCGGAGGAGGUGGGUCUUGAGGUCCACAGUCUCACCUACAGUUCUUCACAGCACUGGCCUUUUCCUAAUAGCUCCUUCAUGAUUGGCUGCCAUGCCUCCGUUAGCCCCACCAACAGUGAGCUGUCCACCGACCACGCCGAGCUGGAGGACGCUCGCUGGUUCAGUCUGGAGGAGAUUACCGCCGCCCUGCAGGUGAAGACUCCGCCCAGGAGAGGCGACCCCACCGUCGUCUGGCUGCCUCCCAAACACGCCAUCGGCCACCACAUCAUCACAGAGUGGACGCAGAGAUACACUAAGGCGGAAGGACACGACACGCCGCAGAGCUGAUGAUGCGCAGACCUGAUGAUGCGCAGACCGCCACAACGCCAAACUGAAUCUCACCCUGAGACCCUGAAGGACCCAGAACCAGCAGCCGGUCUCGAGUCUGUGAGGAAACAAACCGACUGCCUCAACACAGGUUUUUAGAGCAAGAGGCUCCUCGACAGGCAGACAGAAGAUCUUUAUUUCACUAAAGUCUGUUGACAAGUUUCAGGACCAUCAGACCAACGGUUUCUGACGAGUUGUUGAGAACAGGAUUUAUAGAAAGUCGAAACCGUCAGGAUGAUUGUGAAAAUGAAAACCUGAUUGUUACAGUGCACCUUGAGGUCAGUGUGUGUCAUUAAGUGCCUGAAUAGUGACUGAACAGCUGAUAGUGAAGGACUCUAACACAAGAGAUUUUAAAAAAACACUUCAGACACAAACAUCGCUGAUUAAAUGGCUUUGACUGUG